GACUAGUGUGAGCCCGGACGGCCGCGUGUACGGUGUGAGUGUGUGUGUUGUGACGUGCUUACGCAGUCGGGCGCCUACAUGAGUCCCACACUGGUGACGUAGCACCCGGACCUGCACCUUUCCUUCGCCACGCUGGACCGUCUCUUUAAGCCCGCCACUCUGUGAACCUAGUACAAAUAUUAUCCUACCUGGGAUUAGGGCAAAAGGAUGUACCGAGGCGCGCCACGCUCCAGAAGAGGAGAUUAAACAACGACACGCAAGGAAAAAGGAGAGUGAUACUAGUGUGUGGAGUGCGGGUGCUCGGGGCCUGAGGUGUGUGUGUCCCGCCCGCUGGAAUCGUCUUGGGCGAGUGCGGGAAGCGGCCUGUGGGUUCGCCUGAGUCACACUCGAAAGAGGGCGUGGAGUUUUGGAGUGCGACCCGGUGUUUGUGGUGGAGUGGAUGUGUUGUCGUUCAUGCCCGAGCGCAGUGAGUGAUUGUGAGCCGAAAUAAAGGAGACGACUCGCCUAGAAUCCGCGUCGGCGUCGUCGGUGGCUGAGACGCGGCGUCGUUCUACGAAUGGAUUAUGAUUACGGCGGUGAGCGCAGGAGGCAGUGAUGGCGGGUAGGAAGGCGAUGCCCCCCUGCGCUCUGGGGUACCCAAGGCUGAGGAUGGGCUAGCCCCGGGCGCCCUUGCCAGACACUGCUGCAGGCCAGCCUCCCUCCGUCCCUCCAGCCCUCUGCUAGCCUUCUCCUCCUCCUUCGCCUCCUUCACCGCCACCACGGCAUUACGUCAGCCUCGGCUCCCGUCAUCCUCCAGUAUGAAGAUGGAAAAUGGAGACGCCGGGGCGGAAGCGCAGGGUGGCGAGCGCGUGGUGUGGGAGUUCCACAACGUGACGCUGACCCGGGUGCCUGGCUACGGCUUCGGCAUCGCGGUCAGCGGCGGACGCGACAACCCGCACUUCACCAACGGCGACCCUUCCAUCGCCAUUUCGGACGUGCUCAAGGCCGGGCCCGCCGAGGGGAAGCUACAAAUCAACGACCGACUAAUAUCAGCCAACAGCAUCAGCCUAGAAAAUGUGGACUACGCCCGCGCGGUGCAGGUGCUUCGGGACUCGGGCGCCGCCGUGCAGCUGGUGGUCAAGAGGAGGAUCGUGCUGCCCGCCGCGCCCGAGGCCCAGACGCUCAAGGUCACCCUCACCAAAAAUAAGAAGAAAGAUGAUUUCGGCAUAGUGUUAGGCUGCCGCAUCUAUGUGAAGGAGAUCUCAAACAAGGCAAGUGUCGAGAAGGAUGGCAACCUAAAAGAAGGUGAUGUGCUCCUACGCAUCAACUCGACGUCGACCGAGAACAUGACGCUGAAAGAAGCACGGAAGGUCCUUGAGAGCACGAAGGAGAGGCUGCAGCUCCUGGUCCGGAGAGACCCUCCUCCUCCCAUGAUGGCACCUCCAGAUCACACUGUCAAGGAUAUCCGCAAUCCUGAGUACAGUGACACACGUCCAAACUACCCAACCCAAAACUUGUACGUUCAGCCCCCAACCCGAUCAGAACCUCAGCGUAGCAUUUAUGGUCCAGACACCCCAGAUGCGAAAAACAACCUCAUGAGGUCUGGGUAUAACCCUGGGGGCAUGUCAUCGGGGGAAGCUCCAUUUGGUUUAGAUGACCAGGGCUCCCCCCAGGAUGAUGCUCCUCCCCCACGUCCUCCCCUCCCCCGUCCUGAGGAUUACUUCCCUCGUCAUGCACCUAAGGAAGGCCAAAACUCACCAUCCAAGGGCCCCAGCCUCCCGGUACCAGACCCACGUUUUGUGAGCUUCAAGAAGGAGGGGAGUGUGGGUAUACGAUUAACAGGCGGCAACGAGGUAGGAAUUUUCGUGACGGCAGUGCAGCCCGGAUCGCAGGCUCAGCUCCAAGGACUUAUACCAGGCGAUAAAAUACUUAAGGUUAACGACAUGGACAUGGCAGGCGUAACGAGAGAGGAAGCAGUUCUUUACCUCAUGAGUCUUCAGGAUCAGAUUGACCUCAUUGUACAGACACGUAGGCAAGACUAUGAACUCAUUCUCAACAAUCAAAAGGGAGAUCUCUUUUACAUAAAGACACACUUCCAUUAUGAACCCAAUGGAAAAUCUGAACUGAGCUUCCGUUCUGGAGACAUCUUUCGUGUUGUAGACACAUUGCACAAUGGUGUUGUGGGGGCAUGGCAGGUUCAUAGAAUUGGUAGGAACAACCAAGAGACACAGAAGGGUAUAAUACCCAACAAAGCACGUGCUGAGGAGCUGGCCACAGCACAGUUCAAUGCUGCAAAGAAAGAGCAGACUCAGUCUGAGUCACGUAGCGGAUUCUUCAAGAGACGGAGAAAUUCUCGCAGAUCAAAGUCCCUGGGGAAGGACCACUGGGAAGAUGUGGUAUUCGCAGACUCCGUGUCAAAGUUUCCUGCGUAUGAGAGGGUGACUCUUCGACAUCCGGGCUUCGUGAGGCCAAUUGUACUCUUUGGCCCCCUGGCAGACAUUGCACGGGAUAAGCUGCUGAAAGAAAAUCCUGAGAAAUAUGCAUCUCCACGCAUAUACAUGCGGCUCACAAUGCCUAUUCCGUGUUACGGGGGGUAUCCGUACCCCUCACUCCGGGAACUGGACAGCAGUGGAGAGAAGCCGUCGGGCAUCAUCCGCCUAAGUGCCAUCCGUGAGAUCAUGGAUCGAGGCAAACAUGCAGUACUGGAUAUCACGCCCAAUGCAGUAGACCGUCUCAACUAUGCUCAGUUCUAUCCUGUUGUCAUCUUCCUAAGAGCUGAAUCUAAGCAGAUUGUUAAAGAGCUUCGUAGUGGAUAUCCAAAGGGCAGGAUGAGCAGCAAGAAAUUAUUUGACCAGAGUGUGAAAUUGGAGAAACUGUGGUCACAUGUGUUUACUGCCACCAUCAGCCUCACACAACCAGAGGCUUGGUUCCGCAAGAUCCGGGAAAUCAUUGACAAGCAGCAAAGUGGCCCCCUAUGGAUGUCAGAGACUAAGUUGCAUCCGACUGAGGCUCUCUCUGAUGACUUCCUCUUCCCUAUGACCUCUCGUCUGUCCUAUGCCUCCUCCCCGGAGUCGGACCUGGAGACCGGCCCUGAGUCCCGCACCCCAUCCAAGUCCCCCCACCGCCUCCCCCCCUCCCACCACCCAUACUCAGAUUCGCGUGAGCCCAGAGGACGCAUGGUCAAGAGCUCCUCUGACCCAAGCCUGGCAGCUCCAGAAGAGGCACCUCCCAACCCCUAUGGAGGCCCACCACCUUAUGUCGCCAGUCCCACAAGACAUCAUCCUGGACCCAGUGAUGCCUACGAUGAUCGCAGAAAAUCCCACGGCGGUGACAGCAAGUAUGGCUUCGCUAGUGGAGGGUACCAUGGGUCAGACCCCUAUUCAUCCCGCCCCCCAGUGAACGCCAACAGCACUGGUGGGGGGGGAGGGGGCAUAGGCUCCAUGCCAGGCUCACCUUAUUCAUCUGUGCCCCCACCUGGGUACAGUGGUAGACCCCCUCAGCAGAGUUUGCCCCCUCCUACUCAUUCCCCCCACCAGCGCCGCUCCCCUAGUGCCCAUCCGAGCCGAGGGCCCCCGCAGAUGGGGUACUCCCCCUUAGGGCCUGGGGGGCAGAUGGCUCCACCACCCCCAUACCUCAAUGGUCACUCAGGUGAGGGAGGCCCAGAGGUGCCCCCAAAGGUAGACCGAACCAGUAAGCCCGGCAGGGUGAGGUCGGGCCAGGAUUUUGGGAGUGGGAAGGAUCUGGAUUAUGAUGCCAACUACAUGAACACGGGAAGAGGCAACAGCCUAGAGCGACAGCACAAGAGCCCCUACGACAUGAUGAACCCGUCCUUGCUUCCUAAUGCCCAUGAUGACCUCAAGAGCAAGCUGCAGCACCCGCGAUCCCCGCACGAACCAUAUAGAUACUCCCGCUCCUCCUCACAGCCGCCCACCUACCGCACAGAUGACCCUUACAGAUCGUCUGACUACAAGCCACUACCUCCACCAAAGAGCAGUAACUACAAACCUGUUCCUCCACCAAAGCCUAAGAACUACAAACCUCAGCCACCUGGGAGUAUAGAAGGAGGAAUGGGCUCGUGGGAUAUGUAUGCCGAUGCACGGAAGGCAUAUGAGAGAGGGGCCUAUCACACAACCAGUAAUGGAGGACUCAGUGAUGAUUACAGUGGUCUGGACAGUGGUCAAGGCAGCAGCUUAGAUAGAAAGUAUGAUACGUUUGGAAGAUCCUCGCAUAAGGUGGCAUCAUCUGGCAGCAGAAGUGGGUACUACCUGAAUGUACCCCCACCUCGAGAUAUGGCCCUUGCUGGUGGUGGACAAGGUGGGGGACCAGGGGGUAGAGACCUCCCCAAUCAUGACCACAGAGGAAGUGCUUUUGAAUUGUACAAGAAGCCUCCUGACCCCAGAGGUCCUGGCGGGCAUGCUGGCGUACCUGUGUACUCAGACCCAAGCAACAGCAGGCGGUCGGUAGCAGAGGAAGGCAAACAUAAGGUGAUAGCCACAGCGCGGGGGGUGUAUGAUCACAAGGGGGGAACUCUCACCUCUGAGGAAACAGGGGUGUCCAUAAUCAUUCCCCCAGGGGCCAUUGCCAAGGGCACCAAACAGGAGAUUUACUUCAAGGUGUGCCAGGACAGCUCGCUGGUCCCUCCGCUCGACCAAAACAAAGAAGGGUUCUCUUGUUUAUGUUUCCCUAUCCAAGAUAUCCAUGUCUUAUUCCUCCUAAGAUGCAAUACAGUGAAUUCUAUGUGUUCUAUGUGCAACAAUAGAAAAAAAACAGCUUUUUCAUUGUUUGAAGUUGCAUAAAUCAAAUUAAUAUUUUGUGGAGGAUGUAUGGAUAGGUUUAUGUUCUUCCUUGUGUAACAGAGUUAAGGUUCAUUUGCUGCUGUUGAUAUCAUAAGCAGUAUAUGAUACGUGCAUUAUAGUGGGAAAUGUACAUCACAGGAAGUACCAAGGUAUGUCUAAACAAAGUUGUAUGGCCCAGUUUGCCUCUCAGAUUAUUCUCAUUUUUGUGAACUCAUCUGUGCAUGCCUUUUAUUUACAAAUGUUAUUGUUAUGUAUUUCACACCUUUUCAACAGUUCAAAAUGUCAUUUGUUGUGAAGCUAUGAAACUUAUGGUUGUCUAACCACGCAACUUAUUACUGUUGUAACCAAUGGUUGUUUUGUGUUGACCUUUAACGGGUAGGGAGUAGCUUGAACAAUCAGUGGUUUGUAAUCUUGCAAAAUGUUUGUCAGUUUGUUUCCUUCACUACUGGGAUUAAUGUUGAAUACUUCUGGAAAAAUAUUAUUUUUGCUAUUAGAUGAAUAAACUAUAUCCACAAUAUCUUUUCAUUAGAAAGAGAAUUAAAUAUGGUUGAGCAUGUUUGUUAGCAGAACCCAAUAGUGCUGUGCUUAUGCUCAAUUUUAGUUUUGAGUAUAGAAAGAGGUUUGUAAAUUGACAAUAACUAGGUUCUAAAACCAUGUGAGUGCAUAUAAGAUUGUCUGAUUUAUAAUUUAUAUUUUUAAACUUGUUAUCAGAGUAAAGUGACAUUCAUAUUUUAUGCAUGAAAAGACAUGGCUAUUAUUCCUAAUGAUUUUUAAUGAAAAUUACUCUACUCUAAUUUUAAACCUUCUCUAAUGUUAAAUUUAGCAGGUGCAACAGCACAUCACCUCUACAAAGUCUUGUUAUUGGUGCACAAGUCCAUUUUCAGUUUGCAUUUACACCCCAGCAGUUGUUGCUGUAACUAUGUUGGGUUAGGUAGUUUUAACAAAAAUGCAAAAAGCACAAUAUGACCAUCAGUAUUGAAACAUACAUUGCAUAGAAAAAGUGCCUUCCAUGUUUCAUUAUAUUUAUAGAGUGAAAUAACAAAGUCAUGGAUUAUCCAACUUGCCUGCAAUACUAUUCUAAGGCAUUUCAGUUUUCAAUGCAUCUUUGCUGAUUUGUGUGUAUAUAUAUACAUAUAUAUAUAUAUAUAUAUCCAUAAUUGUACAGUACUUUAAUUUUGUAAUUCACCUUCUUCUGCAAAGAAUUCAUCUUCUGAGGGCAGCUGGGUUAGAAGGAGUUUGCUGGUGAAGCCAUCAGAAGAAUGGUCAGUCAUCUUACAUGUAUAGAAUCAAUAAUUUAUAAGCCAUAAAAUUCUGCAAUGUGGACUCUUCAUUAUUGACUGACCUCAUAACAGUGUGAGAGUGCAGCAGAACCAUGGAGCAAAUUACCUGUUGUGUCAGUAUUGUUAUCCAGUCAUUAGAUGUUGUCCUCGCUCGUUCAGCCUGUUAGUCUGUUGGUCCGUUUCAAGUUAACUAGUCUAAAUUACAAAAAAAGUUUGAGGUUAAGAAUUAUAAAGUCUUAUGUUAUCAUACAAACAACGAAUCUUAUUUCUGUACAUAUGGAAAUUAUUGUGUUCCAGUAGUAAUAUUCAUGUAUAUUACAAAAAUUUGUAACCAAUAGAAGAGUGUUAAAUAAAAUGGAACUAUUUCU